AAAAUUUUAGCAUAUACACAUCUCUGGCUUUGUUUAUGUAAACUGCGUCAGUUGUCAAAAGCGUAGUAGGUGUUGUGUUGUGUGUAUGUAGAUACGGAGUUGGAUGCGCUAUCUUCGAAGAGCAUGUGAAGACGUUUGUUGUUGUUCGCACUGAAACCAAAUUACUCAGAAAAUGUCGCAUGUACAGUACUUGGAUGAAUUAAUCAGAGAAUAUCUCGUGUUUAGAGGAUUCAGCAGCACAUUAAAAGCCUUUGACUCUGAUCUGAAGAUCGAAAAGGAUAAAGGUUUUCGGGUUGACAGAAUUGUCGAACAACUGGCACAGUACAUAUCUGCCUAUGACCUUCUCGCCUUACGCGAAUUAUGGCAGCACCUCGAUCAGAAAAUGUUUUCCAAACUGGAACAUCAUUUUUCGCCAGCUGUCAAAAAAAUGGAAAAUGCUGUACUGAAAUUGUACCUCGUCAAUGCUGUCACUAAUAACAAGCCUGAGAAAGUUACGGACUUUUUUGCAAAAAUGACUCCUGAACUCAGUAGUCAGUCUGAAUGGAAAGAAUGGUUUAUGUUGCCAUUCAUUAAAUGUCCAGAGGAAAACCCCACCUUUGCUGUUCAUUUUACACGCCAGUGGCAGGAUACUCUCUUUGUAUCCUUACACAAUUUCCUUGCAAUGAUUUUUCAGGUAAGAAAAGGUAAGCUUUAUUGUAUAUCAAUAAUAAAAGUGCAAAAGAGUUCUCAGGCAGGUACUGUUUCUCGCAGGAUGAGCAGUUCACCAAGUGUGGAGGAACCACAGAAGCGUACUGUAAGUAAACAGCAGCAGCAAGUUCAUCGACCUGGUGGUAUGACGCGAAGUACUGUGUCAGCUGGGAAGCUUGCUCCCACAGAUGCAAAGCGGCGAACAUCUUCAGAAUCUCCGUCAUCGUCAUCAGUUGAUCGAAGAAGUGCUCAGAAAUCGGUUCCAUUGGAUGAAGACAAUGACACUCCACGUUUUCUGCUGCUGAUAAAGAGGGAAUAUGGGCAGCAUGCUGGAUCAGUGUGCCACUGCAAAUUCAACAGUUCUGGAACAGCACUAGCAACAGCAGACACUGAUGGUGUGAUAAAACUGUGGACAACCACUCCUGCACUGAAGACAGCAGCUACAUUUGUUACAAAAAAUUCUGUUCUUUCAUUGGACUGGGUAAUGAAGGAUGAACGCUUUGUAAUCUCUGGCCAUAAGGCAGGUCUAAUACGUUUGCAUGAUAACAGUAAGAUGGCGUGGGAAUUGAAUUCAGAAUCAGACAGCCUCUUACAAGAUUCAUGGGUGGUUGAUAUCCGAUGCAGUCCAACUGACUCAACAUUUGUAUGCUCAGUUGUUGGUGACCAAGGAAAUGGAUCUGGCAAGCUGCUACUUUAUGAUAUCAAAACACGGAAACUUGAGUCAUCAAUGUCUCUUCCAACUGAUGAUAUUGUAGCAAAUUAUGUAACCUUCAAUCAUAAUGGACAGCUUUUGAUUGCUGGUUGUAAUGAUGGAUCGGUGAGAAUAUAUGAUGUUCGCAGUAGUGACUGUAUAGAUGUAUGGCCGGCUCAUCAAGGUGCAAUUGAAUCUAUAGAAAUGACAGCAGACUUCACUGCAUGUUAUACCAUGGGAAGAGAUGGAAAGCUUUCACAGCGGAGUCUUAAUCAAAGGGGUCAGGUUCUUUGGGAAGCUACAUUACCAGAAUUAUUCAAUAUGGAUGCUAUGACAAAACCACAUGGGCAGUUGUUCACAUGGGAUCCUUCUGGCACCUAUGUCUUACUGUGUGGAAAUGCAGGUGGUGUUAUAUGUCAACCAUCAGGAUGUACUUUGUCACCUGUGCAAGAACUAAAACGCUACAAGUCUCCUGGCCCUAAAAGUUAUGGUGUGUCUGGUCUUUCUAUAGAUUGGACUAUUGCUGAUCAACUGGCGACAGUAGUCACAGGUUUGAAUGAUGGAACCAUAUUUAUGUCAAUGCUUCUCACACCAUAAGAGCUCCAGCGAUAUGAAUGUGAUUAGCUACAUGUUUGGUGCUUCCGUGGCAACAUAAUUACUUAAUAAUGCAGCAAGUUUGGCAAUAAAAUUAUUAAUUAAUGUUAUGUUUGUAUUAUUUGAGGCAGAAGUUUACACCAUGAUUAUGAAAAUAAUUAUGGUACUUUCUCAUGUACAUAUGUUUAUGAAUUCAAUAUUCAGAAAUUGUUUGCUAUGAUGAUUUAACAAUGUAGAACUGAUAACUUGGGCCACUUUAUUGCAGUAUGCGAGUACCAGGGGUAUCAAAAGUAACAUAUCAGGAAUGCAUUCUGUCUAACAUAUAACAUGGUUAGAAAUCAUAGAAGGCACAAUGCAUGAAGCUUUGCUCCAUUGGAUAUUGUGUUUCCUGUAUUCACUACAGCAUUAACUCAACAAUUUAGUCAGAUAUAAUGUAAUUUGGUUAUGUAAGUCUGUUCUUUACUUCGGUACAUAGUGCAAGCCAGUGACAAAUGGGAAAGUUUUCUGCUCUCCAGGUGAAUGAAAUGUAUUCAUUCACUUUUUAAAUGUGUAUUAGUGGUUAUAUUUAUAAAGCUAUGCUGCAGAAGAUAAAAGUCAAUGACUACAUGAAAUAAAAUUGUAUUUAUUGAGGCUUA